AUGGCUGAAAACUCAGAUAUAUUCGAACGAUUACGGGACUAUCCUUUCAAUACGGACCAAGAAUUCGCAAAUGGACUUGCAAUUAUCCUAGGCCACCCCGCCACGCCCGCCACAGAAGAGGAGAUCAAUCGGGACGAUGACCUUGUUCUACAAGCUAAAUGUUUCUUUUUUUCACGCAAUGAAAAUCUUACCUCGCCCAUUGAAUUUGCCGCCUACAAGUCAUGGCUAGCUUCAUCCACGCCCUCCGAGUCCCAACAACCGACACAAGCAACCGAUGAAUCAGACACCUCUGGCAAUGAAAAGGCGGCGACUACAGAGCCUGCAUACCCCUCCUCGUUUGCGCACAUUGUUGAUCUCAUUACCACUGGACAACCUAUCCCGGGAAUUGAACAGAUCCCAGAUACAGUGUUGACGGGGCAUGAGAUCUCAAGCGAGAAGCCUCGGCGACGCAAACCGUGGGAAAAGGACGGGGCGGAGCAGAGCCAUAAUGAACCAGAAGUGCAAGCUUCUUAA